AUGUCAAAAAAUUUAAUGAAUCCAAAGUUCAGAACUUUAAAUGAUGAUGAACUUAAUAAUGGUAUUAAUACCGAUAAUACCAAUGAUAUUGGUGAUACACCAGAAGAAAGGAUUUACAUCGUGGAAAGAGUGGAAAGAAAUAAUCAUAAUCUUAGGAAAAGAAAGAAAAUAAACUAUAAUACUGGCUCAUAUAGGAAACGUAGGAGGUUAUCAUCAUUGUCAUCAUCAAAGCUAUUGCCAACAACAUCACCAAUACUAUCGCCAUCAAUAUCACCAAGACGAGAAUGCACAAAAUUGUGCGAUUUACACACAAUUACUGAUCAUUAA